AUGCCUUCCGCCGUCCAAGACAUUCCGCAGUACACCUACGUGCCCGAAACCAAGGAGGACCUUGAUUGGGCAGACUUGGCCAACGUCGAUCUCUCCAAAUAUGGCACCAAAGAAGGCAACGCCGAACUCGCCCGCGUUCUCGUAGACGCCAUCCGUACCAAGGGCUUCUUCUACGUCACCAACUUUGACAUCCCCCAAGCCAAAAUUGACAGGCAGUUCGCUCUCGGCCAGGCUUUCUAUGACCUUCCUCUGGAGGAAAAGUUCAAGUAUGUGCCGGACCUUGAUGCGGGUGACUACAAUGGCUACAGACCUGGUGGAAGACGAACGCUGUCGGGAGGCGUGAAGGAAAAGACUGAAGUGUGGAACAUGGCCACCAAGGAUGGUAAAAUCACACAGCCUAUCCCCACACUGCUAAAGAACCAUCUCGAGGAGAUCGAGGCUUUUGCCAAGGAUCUACACGACAAGGUUCUCGACCCAUUGCUCCAUCUAGUCGCCAUCGCCCUAGAGAUCCCAGAGGACUAUCUCGUUAAGCUCCACAAGUGGGGGACACACAAUGAAUCUCACCUCCGAUACAUGAAGUACGGAAAGUUUUCCCCGCAAGAGAUUGAGGCCCUCGAGGAUGGUCUCUGGUCACGAGGUCAUACCGACUUGGGCUCUUUCACGCUUUUGUUCAGACAGCCUGUUGCCGGCCUCCAGAUCAAGGACAACGAGAACGGAAGCUGGAAGUGGGCAAAGCCUCUCGACGGAAGUCUGACUGUCAACGCCGGCGAUGCCUUGAGUUUCCUGACUGGGGGAUACGUCAAGUCAACAAUCCACAGAGUCUCUGUGCCCCCCAAGGAUCAGCGCAACGUAGACCGCCUAGGACUCCUCUACUUUUCGCGCUCGCAGAAUGAUCUUGUUCUCAACACAAUCGACUCUCCCGUACUCAAGCGCGAGGGAUACACCCAGAAUGAGUUUGAGUCUGGCGGUCAUCCAGUCCCCACCAUGGAAGAGUUUACCCGUCUGAAGCAGACUUGGCAGCAGUCCAAAAAGAGGGGCACGAGCUAUGAGGAGUUGGAAGGUCAACAAAUCUUGCCUGGUUUCAAGGGCAAGUACUUUGCAUGA